UUGGUUCUUCUUGUUCCAUCUUGUUUUCCAUUUUAUCUGUUUUCUCUGAGUUAACCCCUAACACAGAUCAAAAUACAGUAUUUUUUUUUUAUUGCUAAGGCAUAUUAAGUGAAACUUUGAUACAGGAGUUGAUGGUCUUUGUCGAGUAAUUAGGUCCUUGUUUGGCAGAUUUUGUGGCUAUACUCGGCCAAAAUCAUUGAUUCUUCUAGAGUUCCUAAGUUGUGAAGUUUUACUGCACUUCACCUGUUUGACAGAUUGUGCGCACAAAGUUUUGUUGUCUUCUAGCACACACCAGGUUUCAAGGCGGAACCAACUGAAAGUCUGAAACCUAGACAGAAAAUCGAAGUAGACGAUGCAGCAGAGAAAAUCAGCAUCUGGGAGACCUUCUGGGACAGAUGGCUCUGAUUUCUCCUAUCGGAUGGUUGUCGAUUCACGGUAUCAGAAGGUAGCUUCAGGGAAGUCUCGUCUCUCCUCUCUGAUUUUCACCCAGGCUGUGAUUCAAUUAAUUGGAACUGUAUGCACAGUUCUGUCAAUCUCAAAGGAGGAUCCUGAUAGAAUUGCUAUUUUCGCUAUUGCUGUUGGGUUUGUUUCUCUGAUACUAGGGGAAUUAGGUCAAAGACGUAGUCGAGUGGGCCUGUUAAAAAUCUAUAUGGUUGGAUCUUCUACCACGAUACUUCUCUGGCUUGCUUGUCUUUCUAAGAGCAAUUUUAUGUUAGAGCUUAUCCGAGAUCCAAGUAAAUGGGAAACAAAGAAGUUGGAACUUUUGGAGACUGCUCUUGUUCUGUUUGGGUUUCUGGUACAAGUAUUUACAAUUGGCACAGCAACAUCUCUUAUCAGUAACAUGUCCCCUCCCAAAAGGGCCUCUUAACUGAUGCUUGUAACUACAAGUCAUGACUCUCCAUGUCAACGGCUGAAGUUUUUUGGGUGAUUCAUUAUCCACACAAAUCACGAAAGAUUUGAUUUUGUAGUUUUAGUUCAUUGAUUAACUGGCUGAGAUCCAUCCUUGAGAAAGAAUGUUGUAUUUCCAUUUUCCGCACUCGCGCUCUGUAAAACAGCAUAUCAUUAUAACAAUUAUUAAAAUUUAAAAUAGAAUCUUAUGGUUAAGUUGGUAGU